AGUUCAUUCAUUUUCUUUGUAGUCCCAAGUGGUGCGAUGUCGAAGCGUUCCGCUAAGCUCAGAAGCAAAUGUCAGCCAAUCCAAUAUCAAGUCAUUGAACGAAGACGUCCCAAUGUGAUUACAUUACACGGUGAAAAGAUUUCGGACUAUUAUGAUUGGCUGAAAAAUGAAUCUGAGCGAAAAAAUUGGAUUUUAAAGAAUGAAAACUAUACGCUGACAAAAUACUUGGACUUAAAUUCGCAGAAGAAUGAUUGGACGGAAAUUCGAAAAAUAUUUCAUAAUCCAAUCGAUUAUGAACUGUUUUCGGAUGUUCAAUUGCUAAACGGCUACAUUUUUUAUAGUAAUCGGGAUUUUUCAAAUCAAUCGACCUAUAAAUCCAUUUUCAAAAGAGUGAAAUCAUUGAAGGAUGAACGUCCACACAUUGUUUUCAAUUCAAAUAAAAUUCAACACGGUUCAGUUACCGAGCAUGAGUAUUCACCAAAUGCGAAAUAUUGUGCGUUUACGAUCAGUGAUAAGAGCCAAAAUUCGAUUGAAGUCGUUGUCAUUGAUGUUGAAAGUGGUGAAACUUGUGGAAACCGCCUGCAACUGUUCAAUUUUGAAAGAAUCGCUUGGAGCGGCGACAGUUUGGGAUUUUUCAUUUAUUAUGAUCCAGAAGGAAGAAAAAGGCGACAACUAUACUAUCAUUAUCUGGAUGAACAUAAGCCAGACAAAUUGAUUGCAAAGAUUCGAAAAUCAGAAGCGCACGAAUUGUCGUUUCAAGUCAGUUUCGAUUAUAAAUAUCUCAUUUUACGCGGUAGUCGAAUGCUGUGCAUUGCAAAUAUAGAAACGUUAGAGGAAAAUAUCAAAUUUAAAUUGAUCUUCGAAAUAUUUGCAGAUGCAUCUUAUGACUACGUUGGAAAUGAUGGGGACUUCUUUUUAUUUCUCACAAAUGUUGGAGCACCCAAGCAUCAUCUCAUUGAAAUCGAUAUUCGGAAUAAAAGACCGAGAAAUAACUUUGAUAUUGUGGUUGCAGAAAAUCUGGAUGGGCGUGGUGUAUUGAAAUCAACGUUCAAAUAUUCCGGUUUUUUGUUCUUAAAUUACAUCGAGAAGGCUCAGAGUUCAAUGUAUAUAUAUUCAAUAAGUGACCAGUGCAUUGAAUACAAAAUCGAUUUCAAGGAUGAACAAGUGGUGUCUUCAAAGAUCGAUAAGUUUGGGGUUUUCUUCGAAACGCGAUCAUUUAAAACGCCUCGAAAAGUGUAUCGAAUCGAGUUCAAUCAGCUUUUAUACCGUGAGCGAUACGAAACCACUUAUUCGACGAUUGAGCCGGUUCUCUGGAAAGAAUCGAGGAUACCAAAUUUAGAUGAACUGGAAAUAACCGUUCAAUACGAUACGUAUUUUAGUUUCGACGGAACCGAAAUUCCAAUGACAAUCAUUCAAAAGAAACAAAACGAUUGUUACAGAAAGCCCUGUUUGGUAUAUGCUUACGGUGGAUUUGGUGAUUGUCUACUUCCGAGAUUUGAUCUUUAUUUUCUUCUUUUCGUGGAGUUAUUCAACGGUGUCGUUGUUUUCAUCCACAUUCGUGGCGGUGGUGAGCUUGGUGAUGGAUGGCUGCUGAAACCGACCGAAGCUGAAAGAAGCUUUUGUGAUUUAGUAUUUGGAGUUGAGUAUUUAAAAGGCGAAUCGUACGCCGACAUUAUCGAUUCGAAUAAAAUCGCCUUUUACGGUACCUCACACGGUGCCUUGACCGGUGCAGUUGCUAUGAAUAUCAAGCAGGAUUUAUUCAGUGCAGUUAUUCUUCUAAAUGGGAACAUGGAUUUAAUCAAUGAUCUUCCGCAUAAGGGCCGUUUGUGGGCAAAACAGUAUGGCAGUUUGAACAAUAAAGACGAUUUUGAUUGCAUAAAACGAUAUGCACCAUUGUUACACGUCCAACAACCAACCAAAACUUCCAGUUAUCCUCCAACAUUAAUUGUAGCCAGCAAAAAAGAUGAAGUCGUGCCCAUUACAAACUCAUUGAAAUAUUUAGCACAUCGACGUAGAGCCGCGAGAGACACACAGUAUCAAAUAGAAAAACCGGUUUUAUUGAAAAUAAUUCAUAGCGGCGGUAACAAUUAUAGGACAGCAGAAAAAACCGAAUACAUUAACACGGUUUUCAUUAAGUUGGAAUUUUUGGCUGAAGCCAUGGAACUAAAAUUGGAUAAAAACUAUGAAACAAACCAAAUAUGCAAAUCAUUUAUGGAAAUUAUGAAUUGUUGGUUCCCAGAGCCGCCAAUUAAAUACCAAAUUAUUGAACAAAGAGCACCGAAAGUGAUUGCAUUGCAUAGAGAAAAGAUUUUAGAUUAUUACGAUUGGCUCAAGGAAAAAUGCCAUUGGAAUGAGAUUCUUCAAACGGAAGGUGCUACGUUGCAGAAAUAUUUAGAAUUGAAUUCAUCGAAGAACAAUUGGCCCGAAAUCAAAGAAAUCUUUGGAAAUUCCGUGGAUUAUGAAAUGUAUCGUGACGUUCAACAUGUCAACGGGUAUAUAUUCUACAGUUACGUGAACUUUUCUAGAUCAAUCAAUAAACCAAUUUACAGAAGAGUAAAAACAUUGGAUGAAGCUAUAUACGGACGUCCACGUGAAAUUUUCAAUUCAAAUCGAACGUUAGGUGCAUUCGUUGAGCAUGCGUAUUCGCCAAAUGGUGAAUUUUGUGCGUUUACGAUCAGCUCAGAGAAACUAAUCAAUUCGCAUAAAGUAAUGGUGAUUGAUGUAAGAACUGGACGACAGCAUGGAAAAUGUCUGCCGCUAUUCAGCUGUAAGAAAAUCGCAUGGAGUGGUGAUAGCCUGGGAUUUUUUAUUUAUUAUGAUCCAGAAGGAAGAAAGAAACGACAUUUAUACUAUCACUAUCUGGAUGGAGAUAAGCCCGACAAACUAAUGGCAAAGAUUCCAAAGUUCGACGCUAACACAGUGUCGUUUAUAGUCAGUUCGGAUUAUAAACAUCUAAUUUUACGUGGUAGUCGAAAGCUGAGCAUUGCUUAUAUCAACUCAUUGGAUAGAGACAUCAAAUUUGAUUUGAUUUUCAAAUUUUCUCCAGACAUUACCUAUGAUUAUGUUGGAAAUCAUGGUGAAUUUUUCUACUUUCUCACCAAUUUUGAGGCGCCCAAACAUCAUGUGAUUGAAGUAAACAUUCGGAGUAAAGUCAACAUGUGGAACGUUGACGUCGUGGUUCCAGAAAAUCUUCAUGGCCAUGGUGUAUUAGUGGCUGCUCAAAAAUAUUGUAAUUAUUUGUAUUUAAUUUACAUCGAAAACGUUCAGAAUUCCAUGUAUUUAUAUUCAUUAACAAGUCGUCGUAUCGAAUAUAAAAUCGAUUUGGAGGAUGAAACGUACGUUACGAUGAACAUCGAUCCAAGUGGAUUUUUCUUGGAAACACAAUCCUUCAAAACACCACGAAAAAUUUAUCGAGUUAAUUUUGAUCAGCUUGUAUUACAACGUACCUCCAUAGCGUCCACUUCAAUUGUCUUACCAAUGCUGUGGAAAGAGUCGAAAAUAGCACAUUUAAAUGUGGCUAAAUUCAAAGUUCGACACGAUUCAUUCCAAAGUUUCGAUAAAAUCAAAGUCCCAAUGACAUUCAUUCAAAAGGACAAUGGUUGUGAUGCUUACAAAAAGCCAUGUUUGGUGUUUGCUUAUGGUGGUUAUGGUAUUCCAAUGACUCCGCUAUUCAAGCUUUUCUUUCUUCUGUUCAUUGAGUUGUUUAACGGUAUUGUCGUUUUCAUCCACAUUCGUGGCGGUGGUGAACUCGGCGACAAAUGGGUGCUAAAACCGACCGAAGCUGAAACUAGUUUCAAAGAUUUAAUGGCCGGUGUGGAGUAUUUGAAAGGUGAAUCGUACGCCCAUAUGAUCAAUCCAAAUAAAAUCGCAUUUUACGGAGCCUCACACGGUGGAUUGGUCGGUGCAGUUGUUAUGAAUAUUCAUCGAGACUUAUUCAGAGCAACUAUUCUUCAAAAUGGCAACAUGGACUUAAUCAAUGAUCUUCCGCACAAGGGACGCAUUUGGGCGAAACAGUACGGCAAUCUGAACAAUAAAGACGAUUUUGAUUGCAUAAAACGAUAUGCACCAUUGUUACACAUCCAACGGCCAACCAAACCGAGUGAAUCGUAUCCGACAACAUUAAUUGUAGCCAGCCGAUAUGAUGAGAUUGUUUCCAUCGCGAAUUCAAUUAAAUAUUUGGCGCAUCGACGCGAAAAAGAGGAAAUCAAUGAAUUCUAUCAAGAUAAACCAACUUUGAUGAAAGUUUUGAAUAGCGGCGGACAUCACUAUGAAACAGCGAAGAAAUAUGAAAUCAUUGAUGCGAUUUUUGUGAAAUUACAAUUUUUGGCCGAAUCUAUGGACAUAAAAUGCGAUAAAAUCUACCGGAAAAAACACUCUGAACAAAAACAAAAUAUUUAAGGGAAUUUUUGGCUUUUGGAUGAUGAUGUGUCGUUUACCAUCCCAGGAUCAAACGGAUGGCAUUACGUCAGUGUAACAUUAAAACAAAUUGUCAGCCGAAACAGUUGAUUCAUGUUGACUUGGCCAUCACCAUUGGCAGCAUUAUCGGACCUUUUUUUUCGGUGCAUCGCUUCUCAGUUUGAUUGGAAUUAUUCACCUUUGGAUUUUGUCUAGAUUUUAAUUCAUUUUUGAACCAUUUAAAGUUUAUUUUAUUAUUAUUGAUCCAAUUUUUUGGUUACAUAUUCAACACCCGAAGGCCAGAGUAAUUCGCACUGCACAUUGCAUUGAAAUUAGAAGUAAAAACAACUAAAAAAAACAAUCACAAUAUAACAAUGGUGCAUUAGUCAAUUUUCAAUUUCAAGCCCAACGUGAGUGUCCAUGAAAGCUAAAUUGAGCUUAUGAAGCACGCAUUGAUUUUAAUUAUUUUGUCUUUUAAUAAAGUGAUUUUAUGAAACUAAA